AUGCAGUUUAAUGCCCUAAUUGCCAAUUUCAGUGCGACACUCAACGAUUACCUGCUGCUUGCAUCAGAAAAACUCCGUGUGUUGCGUCCCAUCGUUCAUGACUCAGUAGAUUUCAUCCACGAGAACAUCAUCCGUCACUUGCAAGACCCCGAGAAGCCUCUUUUUACGGAAUUUCAGUAUACCUUGCUGAAAACGUUGUUCGUGCUGCUUCUUGUGAACUUGCUCUUCAUUUUAUUCUUUUGGCGAAAAUACGGUCCCGUGAUUACAGACAAGUUCAUUCGCCCGAGCACUUUGAAAGAAAUUGAGGAAUUGAAAUUGUCUGUGGCGAGAUUGAAGUUGCCGAAGGAUUACACGCCACGAAUCUAA